GUUGGGGAGGCCUCGGGGCUGGUGGGGUGGGCGUGAGGGCGCCCAGUGCGCUCGGCGCCAGGGCAAGUCCCGUUUUCUUCCUCAGAAGCGUGGCCUGCAGGGGCGCGGGGCUGCCGGAGACGGGCAGAAGGAGUAGUAGGAACGGCCGGGGGACUGGCUGGGGACUCUGGCGCUGCUUGGGAGCGAGGGCGGUUUGGUACCGCCGGGCGCUGAGGAUAGUCUGACUGCUGGAGCUCUUGGGUGGUUCGCGUUGCUAGGGUACAGGAAGACGAGCGGGCUUGGGCCGUGUCCCCCAGAGGCGGGCUUUGUGGCCGGCUGCCUGCCUGCCUAGGUUGUGGGAGGCUGGCGUGUCUGGUUGGAGGGCCCCCAGGCCCUUCCAGGGUGUCUGCCCCUUCUCAGAGUGCGCCUGGGGACGCGUGCUUGAGAAUCAGCGUAGUCGGGAGAGCUUGGGUGGGCUCGAGGAAGGGUAAUUAGAGCCCCCUCUGGGAUUUGGAGGGGUCCAUGUGGUGGGUGACUUACAUCUAAAAGUGUCCGCUCCGCACUGGCAGCACUCUCAGUUCUUGAGGAGAGUUUAUUGAGGUCCCUGACCAGAAGUGGGUGUGCACACAGGAAGGGUUAUCUGGAGUUGCAGGCUUUGUUUACAGAGGUGGUGCUUUAAAUUGAUACCUCAGUGGGCUGCACCAUCUGGAAUGGGUAAUUGGGCAUUUGUCGAUGCCCCAUGUGGCUGGUAUUGCUUUAAAGGGGUGGUUUCAGGAUAGGUAUGGGGUCUGAAGACCUGCAAGGGCCGUUCUAGAGUAUAUUGAGUGUCCAGGAGGAGUUGUCUCUCUGCUCCUAACUAGUGGUGCUGUGCAAAUAUGGCUUGGGCUCUGAAGCUACCUCUAGCAGAUGAAGUCAUCGAAUCGGGCCUGGUUCAGGAUUUUGAUGCCAGCCUCUCAGGUAUUGGCCAAGAGCUAGGCGCUGGUGCCUACAGCAUGAGUGAUGUUCUUGCCCUGCCCAUCUUUAAACAAGAAGAAUCUAGCUUGCCUCCCGACAAUGAGAACAAAAUCCUGCCUUUUCAAUAUGUGUUGUGUGCUGCCACUUCCCCUGCUGUGAAACUUCAUGAUGAAACUCUCACCUAUCUCAAUCAAGGUCAGUCUUAUGAAAUCAGAAUGCUGGACAACAGGAAAAUGGGGGAAUUGCCUGAACUCAAUGGGAAGCUUGUAAAGAGUAUAUUUAGAGUGGUCUUCCAUGAUCGGCGGCUUCAAUAUACAGAGCAUCAGCAGUUGGAAGGCUGGAGGUGGAACAGACCUGGGGACAGGAUUCUGGAUAUUGAUAUUCCAAUGUCUGUGGGUAUAAUCGAUCCCAGGGCAAACCCAACGCAAUUGAAUACUGUAGAGUUUCUUUGGGAUCCUUCAAAGAGGACUUCAGUAUUUAUUCAGGUGCACUGCAUCAGCACUGAGUUCACCAUGAGAAAGCAUGGUGGUGAGAAAGGUGUGCCAUUUAGAGUCCAGAUUGAUACCUUUAAGGAGAAUGAGAAUGGAGAAUAUACAGAGCACCUGCAUUCUGCCAGCUGCCAGAUCAAAGUCUUUAAGCCCAAAGGAGCUGAUAGGAAGCAAAAGACAGACAGAGAGAAAAUGGAAAAGCGAACUCCUCAUGAGAAGGAGAAGUAUCAGCCUUCGUAUGAAACUACGAUACUUACAGAGUGUUCUCCUUGGCCUGAGAUCACCUAUGUUAAUAACGUGCCAUCCCCUGGCUUCAGUAGUUCUCACAGCAGUUUCUCUAUCAGUGAAGGAAAUGGGUCUCCAAAUCACCAGCCUGAACCUCCUGCUCCAAUUACAGAUAACCUCCUACCAACAUCCACACCUCAGGAAGCUCAGCAGUGGCUGCACAGGAAUCGCUUCUCAACUUUCUCACGGCUUUUCACAAACUUCUCAGGAGCAGACUUACUGAAAUUAACCAGAGAAGAUGUCAUACAGAUAUGUGGUCCUGCUGAUGGCAUCAGACUCUUCAAUGCAUUGAAGGGGCGAAUGGUAUGGCCAAGACUGACCAUUUAUGUCUGCCAAGAAUCACAGCAGCUGCAGGACCAACAAAAGCAUGAAGAUGGGGAUGCAGCCAACAAUACUUUCUUUGUGUACCAUGCCAUCUACUUGGAGGAGUUGACUGCUGUGGAGCUGACCGAGAAAAUUGCUCAACUCUUUAGUAUUUCCUCUCAACAGAUCAGCCAGAUCUAUAAACAAGGGCCCACAGGGAUACACAUCCUCAUCAGUGAUGAAAUGAUACAGAACUUUCAAGAUGAAUCAUGUUUUGUCUUGGACACAAUGAAAGCUGAAACCAAUGAUAGUUACCACAUCAUCUUAAAAUAGACGGGGACUUGAAAAUGACACAUCUUCUCUCACAUACACAGCUUCAUUACCUGUUUCAGUACCUGGACACCAACAGAAGCCCACAAAAGCAACAGCCUCAUCUUGCUACCACAGCAUGUUGCCUCUUGUUAGGUGAACAACCUGUACUGAAACAUUGCUGGCAUGCAGUAGACCUUAGUCUAAGCACACUGCUGCUUAUUUGGAGUAAAGUGAUAUGACGACACCCACUUGCCUGUUAAAAUGGCCAGGCUGACCAGUAAUGGAACUUUGCAAUUAUGGGUAAUAUGGGCGGGGGGCAUAGAGAAGAUGAAAAGAGGCUGCCUACGGAGGGCAACUGCAGCACUUUGAUAAGGGACAACUGAACAUGAUGAUGGAUCUUUGGGCACUCCUGUCUGGGAAGCCCCUUGAUGACCUGUCUCAGCUGUUCAAGCUUCUUGGAUGUGUGCUUGGCUGAUAGAACUGAGGGGAUUUCCAGUUUUUUGACCAACGUUCAGUAAAGACUUUCUUCCUACUCUGACUUUGUUGGGUGUGUGUGUGUGUACAAUUACGAGUGAUGGGUGACUGCUUGUUCUGCUGAUACACUUUAGAACAGAGUCAUAGGUUUAUGAAAUCUAGCAUCUGUACAGCUGCUUGUAAUUGCAUUCGAGACUCCAGAUGAAAAGGCUUGAAAUGCGCAAGAAGAAAUAGUGAACUGGAUGUCCAAAGCCUUCUCAUGCUUGUUCAAAGAUGGAGAAGAAAGGACGAUGUUUUAAAAAACCAUGUAGGUAAUUUGUUUAGGAUAUGUAGAACUGAUAAAGGUUUUUUAUGAAAUCCCACAUGAAGCCAUAGUAACAUUGUCCAAGAAAGGGCUCAAGCAGCAAUAGCUUAUAAUGUUUAUUGAAAAGCCUGGGAAAGCUCCAUGGUGACAAAGUGCCUGCGUAUCUGUUUCCAGGGCAGCAACCAGUCUCUUGGGCAAAGGCUGCAGCCUUCUGAAAUGGGUGCCAAAAUGCAUUUUUCUGAGCCUUGGAGAGAAAAUGGGAAACUGCUACAUAUUCAGUGAUGAUCACCUAAAAUUACAGAUGGACAGUUUUGUCUGAGGGAUGAAGCCUACUUCUUCCUAAAUCUUCCACUCCCUCUAGCAAAGUGACAAAUCUCUGCAAACUGCAACCUCAUUAUGUGUCACAGUGAUAGUAAUAUAACGGACUAUCAGGUCAUCACAGGUAUUGCAGUGGCCAUAGAGCUGGAAGCUGAUGUGGGGUGUGUUUAGCUUAUGCCUGAAAAGUGGGGAAAUAAUUCUGUUUCAUUUUAUUAAAUGAAAUCUAGUUAUUUUUCCAAGAACACCAGAUUAUUUGAGAUGUUACAUCAUUUUUUCAUGAUAUUUUUUACCAAGAGUGGAAAAACCUUUAUUUAAAUUAGAACUAGUAUGAUGCCUCACAAGGAGGCAGGAAAGUGGGUCAGGUAAAAUGAAAUAAAGUUAAUAACAGAGAGAAAACAGUGACUGUUAUAUCUCUAUAGCUCUUUUAAGUAGAAGCUAAAAAGUUAAUUGCCAUCAUUGUGUGUGUGUGUGUUUGUGAACAAAUCAACUUUAUUUUCAGGUGAUCCAAGUUCAGUUGCUCAUUAGGCUGGAACUUACUGGUGUAGCCCACCUUCCAAGAUGGUAGUCAGCCAAGUUUGGAUUCUGUUUCCUUUAAGGAUUACUAAGACUUGGCAGUCAACAACUUGCAUUGUGCUGCAGAGUGUUUGAUCAGACUAGUAACCAUGAUGGAAGCCAGUUAAUGAGAGCUCAGAGAAGCUUACAUUUUGGAAGUCAAACUUCACUUACUUCAGUUCCAUGAAAUGGCUGGCGUGCCAUGUAUAGGGACACAAUUGGACAGGGUUUUACUACCAGUUGACUGGCAGAGAUUCCCCAGUGAAACAAAAGCUGUGAUCCAGCCUCUUUCCAGCACUAAUAAUGGAUAGUGCAGCCCAAAUGACAGUGCUUGUGCUGUUACUGGCUUUGUGAUACAAAUCCAGAAGCAACUGGGUUGGUUCUGCCAUCAUGAUUUCAGUCCAAUAAACAUGGUUUAUCAGAACAGGAACAAGCCAUGUGUCUGUGUCCUUGCUCCUUUUCAUUUUCCUCUGUCCCUUGCACACCCAGAUUCAGAUAAUACAACCUUGUUUCUUGAACCAGAGUUCUCUUUAGCUUUCCUGAGAAAAUGUGGUUGAAGGGCUUGAUUAAGGCUUGCACUAACUAGGAUCAGACUGAGCUUGCGAUUUCUGAACUGGCCAUUGUCCUUUCUCUACUCAGUCUGUCAGCUAAAUAUAAUUUGUAUUGCAUAAGUGGCAGCAUAAUUUUACUUCAUUCCCCAAAUCUGUGCUUUAAAAUGACAUUGUGUGUGUGGGGAGGGGGGUAUUCUGCAAUCAUCAGUGAGGGUAACUCACAAGCUUGCCAUUCUUUCUGGCACGAUGACAGUUUGUUAUGUCUAUUUUUGUUUCAUUUUGUUUUGUUUCUGCUAAACCAUAGAAUGAAACUAUGAAUGCUAAAA